AUGGAGACCUUCCAGCAGAUCAUGGACAUGGACGAGGACGACGGAGACGACGACUCCGAGGAGAAGCAUUCAUUCUCCAAGGGCAUCGUCUGGGGAUACUUUGACCAAGCAGAGGGUACUUUUAAAGACAUGGAGGAAGCUCUCGCCGCCAAAGACCUCGAAAAACUCUCUUCCCUCGGUCACUUUCUCAAGGGCUCCUCCGCCGCUUUGGGCAUCAUCAAGGUGCAGGCUUCCUGCGAAAAGAUGCAGCACUAUGGCAACCUCCGCGACGAGGAAGCCGGUGCUGAUCUCAAACCCGCCGAUGCCCUUGAGCGCAUCGCUGGUCUUUUGAGGGCUUGUAAGCGAGAUUACAAGGCCGCCAAGACCUGGAUGGAGAACCUGUACGAGGAAGGGGCCUAG